AGCUCGCGACGGGCCGGGCGGCGCGCGUGCGGCGGAGGGGCGGGGACGCCGUGUGCCUCUCGCUGCUCCCCGCCGGCCGGGCCGGGGCGGCUCCUCAUACAGGCGGCAGGCGGCGGCGGCGGCGCGCGCGCGCGCGGCGGGCCCCCCGGGGCGGAAGGUUUCCGCGGGCGGCGCUAGGCCCGGCGAAGCGGCAUGAGCCGGCCCCCGCCGACGGGGAAAAUGCCCGGCGCCCCUGAGGCCGCGCCGGGGGACGGGGCGGGCGCGAGCCGCCAGAGGAAGCUGGAGGCGCUCAUCCGAGACCCUCGCUCGCCCAUCAACGUGGAGAGCUUGCUGGAUGGCUUAAAUUCCUUGGUCCUUGACUUGGAUUUUCCUGCUUUGAGGAAAAAUAAAAAUAUAGAUAAUUUCUUAAAUAGAUACGAGAAAAUUGUGAAAAAAAUUAGAGGUUUACAGAUGAAAGCAGAAGACUACGAUGUUGUAAAAGUUAUUGGAAGAGGUGCUUUUGGUGAAGUUCAGUUGGUUCGUCAUAAGGCAUCACAGAAGGUUUAUGCAAUGAAGCUUCUUAGUAAGUUUGAAAUGAUAAAACGAUCAGACUCUGCUUUUUUCUGGGAAGAAAGAGAUAUUAUGGCUUUUGCGAAUAGUCCCUGGGUGGUUCAGCUCUUUUGUGCCUUUCAAGAUGACAGGUACCUGUACAUGGUGAUGGAGUACAUGCCAGGUGGAGACCUUGUGAACCUUAUGAGUAAUUACGAUGUGCCUGAAAAAUGGGCCAAGUUUUAUACUGCUGAAGUAGUGCUUGCACUGGAUGCAAUACACUCCAUGGGCUUAAUACACAGAGACGUGAAGCCUGAUAACAUGCUCUUGGAUAAACAUGGACAUCUAAAAUUAGCAGAUUUUGGCACAUGUAUGAAAAUGGAUGAAACAGGCAUGGUGCAUUGCGAUACAGCAGUUGGAACUCCUGAUUACAUAUCACCUGAGGUUCUGAAAUCACAAGGUGGUGAUGGAUACUAUGGGCGAGAGUGUGAUUGGUGGUCUGUAGGAGUUUUCCUUUUUGAGAUGCUAGUGGGGGACACUCCAUUUUACGCGGAUUCACUUGUAGGAACCUACAGCAAAAUUAUGGAUCAUAAAAAUUCACUGUGUUUCCCUGAAGAUACAGAAAUUUCUAAACAUGCAAAGAAUCUCAUCUGUGCCUUCUUAACAGACAGGGAGGUACGACUUGGAAGAAAUGGGGUAGAAGAAAUCAAACAGCAUCCUUUCUUUAAGAAUGAUCAGUGGAAUUGGGAAAAUAUAAGAGAGACGGCAGCUCCAGUGGUGCCUGAGCUCAGCAGUGACAUAGACAGCAGCAACUUUGAUGACAUUGAGGACGACAAAGGAGAUGUAGAGACCUUCCCAAUCCCUAAAGCUUUUGUGGGAAAUCAGCUGCCUUUUAUAGGAUUUACCUACUUUAGAGAAAAUCUGUUAUUAAGUGACUCUCCAUCUUGUAGAGAAAAUGAUGCAAUACAAACAAGGAAAAGUGAAGAAAGUCAGGAGAUUCAGAAAAAAAUAUCUGCACUAGAAGAACACCUUAGCAGUGAGCUGCAAGCCAAGGAGGAGCUGGAGCAGAAGUGCAAAUCUAUCAAUACUCGCCUAGAGAAAACAGCAAAGGAGCUAGAAGAAGAGAUUACUUUUAGGAAAAAUGUGGAAUCAGCACUGAGACAGUUGGAAAGAGAAAAGGCCCUUCUUCAGCACAAAAAUGCAGAGUAUCAACGGAAAGCUGAUCAUGAAGCUGACAAGAAACGGAAUCUAGAAAAUGAUGUUAACAGCUUAAAAGAUCAACUUGAAGAUUUGAAGAAAAGGAACCAGAGCUCUCAGAUAUCCACUGAGAAGGUCAAUCAGCUCCAGAAACAACUGGAUGAAGCUAAUGCUUUGCUGCGAACAGAGUCUGAUACGGCAGCACGAUUAAGAAAAACACAGGCAGAAAGUUCCAAACAGAUUCAGCAGCUGGAAUCUAACAAUAGAGAUCUACAAGAUAAGAACUGCCUACUUGAGACUGCCAAGUUAAAGCUUGAAAAGGAAUUUAUCAAUCUUCAAUCAGCUCUAGAAUCUGAAAGGAGGGACCGGACUCAUGGAUCAGAGAUAAUUCAUGAUUUACAAGGUAGAAUCUCUGGCCUGGAAGAAGACUUGAAGACUGGAAAAGUCUUACUAGCAAAAGUAGAGCUGGAGAAGAGACAGCUGCAAGAGAGACUCACUGGCUUGGAGAAGGAAAAGAGCAACAUGGAAAUAGAUAUGACAUAUCAACUGAAAGUGAUACAGCAGAGUUUAGAGCAAGAAGAAGCUGAACACAAGACCACAAAAGCACGUCUCGCGGAUAAAAACAAGAUCUAUGAAUCCAUUGAAGAAGCUAAAUCAGAAGCCAUGAAAGAAAUGGAGAAGAAGCUGUUGGAAGAAAGGUCUUUAAAGCAGAAGGUGGAGAACCUGCUCCUGGAAGCUGAGAAAAGAUGCUCUCUAUUGGACUGUGAUCUCAAACAGUCACAGCAGAAACUCAACGAGCUGCUGGAGCAGAAAGAUGUGCUAAGUGAGGAUGUUAGAAAUUUGACAUUAAAAAUAGAGCAGGAAACUCAGAAGCGUUGCCUUAUGCAAAAUGACCUGAAGAUGCAGACCCAGCAAGUCAACACCCUAAAAAUGUCAGAAAAGCAGAUAAAGCAGGAAAAUAAUCAUCUCAUGGAAAUGAAAAUGAACUUGGAAAAGCAAAAUGCUGAACUUCGAAAAGAGCGGCAGGAUGCAGACGGGCAGAUGAAGGAAUUGCAAGACCAGCUUGAAGCGGAGCAGUAUUUCUCAACCCUCUAUAAGACACAAGUUAGAGAACUUAAGGAAGAAAGUGAAGAGAAGACUAAGCUUUGUAAAGAAUUACAGCAGAAGAAGCAGGAUUUACAGGAUGAAAGAGACUCUUUGGCUGCCCAGCUGGAGAUCACCCUGACCAAAGCAGAUUCUGAGCAGCUGGCUCGUUCCAUUGCUGAGGAACAGUAUUCUGAUUUGGAAAAAGAGAAGAUCAUGAAAGAGCUGGAGAUAAAAGAAAUGAUGGCUAGACACAAACAAGAACUCACUGAGAAGGAUGCCACAAUUGCGUCUCUCGAAGAAACCAAUAGGACACUAACUAGUGAUGUUGCGAAUCUUACGAACGAGAAGGAAGAGCUGAACAACAAGCUGAAAGACACUCAAGAGCAACUCUCCAAGUUGAAAGAUGAAGAGAUCAGCGCAGCAUCGAUUAAAGCUCAGUUUGAGAAGCAGCUGUUGACGGAGAGAACACUCAAGACCCAGGCUGUGAAUAAGUUGGCGGAGAUCAUGAAUCGCAAAGAACCUGUCAAGCGUGGCAGUGACACAGACGUGCGGAGGAAAGAGAAGGAGAACAGGAAGCUCCACAUGGAGCUCAAGUCUGAGCGCGAAAAGUUGACGCAGCAGAUGAUCAAGUACCAGAAAGAACUGAAUGAAAUGCAGGCUCAAAUAGCCGAAGAGAGCCAGAUUCGAAUUGAACUCCAGAUGACCCUAGACAGUAAAGACAGUGACAUUGAGCAGCUGCGGUCACAGCUCCAGGCCUUGCAUAUUGGUAUGGACAGUUCCAGUAUAGGCAGUGGACCAGGAGAGGUUGAGCCCGACGAUGGUUUUCCAGUCCACAUCACUCAGUCACACACUCUGGAGUCCAUGUCCUUCACCUUCCAGCGCUCCUCUACUUCCCUCAGUAUUGCCACUAAGCCCUCCAGUUCUCACAUGCUUCUUGACUCUGAUUCUGAAGACGAUUCUGUACCUUACUUACCCCUUUCGUCGGACCCUAAUGGUGCAGAAUCAAGAUUGGAAGGAUGGUUGUCGUUGCCUGUGCGGAACAACACUAAAAAGUUUGGAUGGGUUAAAAAGUAUGUGAUUGUAAGCAGUAAGAAGAUCCUCUUCUACGACAGCGAACAGGAUAAAGAGCAGUCUAACCCUUACAUGGUUCUCGAUAUAGACAAGCUGUUCCAUGUCCGACCUGUUACCCAGACAGAUGUAUACAGAGCAGAUGCUAAAGAAAUUCCAAGGAUAUUCCAGAUUCUGUAUGCCAAUGAAGGAGAAAGUAAGAAGGAACCAGAAUUUCCGGUGGAGCCUGUGGGAGAAAAAUCCAAUUAUAUUUGCCACAAAGGACAUGAGUUUAUUCCUACUCUUUAUCACUUCCCAACUAACUGUGAGGCCUGUAUGAAGCCAUUGUGGCACAUGUUUAAACCUCCUCCUGCUCUAGAGUGCCGCCGGUGCCACAUCAAGUGUCACAAAGACCACAUGGACAAGAAGGAAGAGAUCAUAGCGCCUUGCAAAGUUUAUUAUGAUAUAUCAUCGGCAAAGAAUCUAUUGUUGUUAGCAAAUUCAACAGAAGAACAGCAGAAGUGGGUUAGUCGGUUGGUGAAAAAGAUACCGAAGAAGCCUCCGGCUCCGGACCCUUUUGCCCGAUCAUCUCCUAGGACCUCAAUGAAAAUACAACAAAACCAGUCCAUCCGGCGGCCCAGUAGACAGCUUGCUCCAAACAAACCAAGAUUGCUUGAUUUGGCAUUUAAAGACUGGGAUUGGUCAUUUGAUGAUGGUGAUGGUGAGGAUGAUGACGAUGUUUUUGAUUUCUGAAGAAAUAAAUGGCUAACUGCCUUCUGUGAAAGCAGUUCUUCUUCAGCCACAAGACUGAAAUAUGACGUUUCAAAACUUAACUAAAAAGCUGUAUUCUACUGAGAGACUGAUACACACACACACACACACACACACACACACACACACACACACACACGUUUCCUUUCCCCUGAAAAAAUUUUAAAUCAUGGAGAAUUUUUCUGGGCUGCUUUGAAACAAGUUGGACAGCAGUGAUUGGUGAAUAAAGGUGUCGUGCGACUCUUCAAGACUUCCUUCCUAGAGCCCUUGGCGGUCACACUACAUUGACCAGAAGGACUAAGAAGAGAUGACAUUUGGGUUUCCACCUGCACGUUAGCCAGAAGAACGGGGAGUGGAUGCCACUGCAGUGAUGCCGACUCCAUCUUCAAAAGUGACCGUGAUGUUGUAUCCAUGUAUGUCUGUACAUAGGAGUUGAGCCUCAUAUAUAUACACACACACCACACAUAAGAACACAGUGUACUGUAAUACUGCAAGAAGGUAUUUUUAACUUACUGUUUUAUUUUUAUACACAUGAAUCAGAUAUCAUUACUUCAGUUGCAACUGUGCACUUGUAUGAAGCCAUGUGUUGGCGCUUAUAUCCUUCAUUCAUGUACCUGACAGGAUGCAUGUUUGUGUAAACAGGAACUGUAACAAAAAGUUUGCAGUUAAUUACUCCAGUUCCUAAUGCUUGUGGUAGACAACUUGACCCAUUUUGAAUGCCUUAAUUUAAUUUUCUUUCCCCCCAAAUCUCAGCCCUUUUCUGUAUUUAAGAAGAGAAAGAGCAAGUGUUUACCAGCUCUUAGGAUGCAGCUCACUUUGUGGGGAAGUAGUGCGCUCUUGACCUGCAGCGUGGGUCAGUGAUAGCCUGUCUGGUAUAGGACGGACAGCAUAAUGUAUCGGGCCAUAGAACAGUAACGAUUGUAUUGAAACCAGUGUGUGUGAUGGACAUCUGUUAGUUUUUCAGCCCUUUUUACAGACGUCAGCUGGUCUGUAACUACAAAGUAUUUCCUUUGCUUUGAACUUGCUGGUUACCCUAGAUGUGUUUUUAUUUAUGAUAAAGGCAAUUUUUCACAUUUUUCAUUCAAGAUUCAAAAAUUGUCUCAAAUAUAAAGAAAACUAACGUAUUGUAGAUAUAUUUUAAUAUUUAAAUGUGAUCCUGAAACAAACGAACUGUAUGGUGGUGUAUCAGCUUUGCUAUCUGGGAAGAGGCAGCCUCAAAAGCGCUUACUCUGAUUCUCGUUGUUAUUGCUGCCGAGGCUAGAGAAUGGGCGGGACCUAUCCUGUCAUGCUUCGGCCUGGGUAGGUGUGUCCACCCCACAGUGGAGGGCAGCAGUGGGCAGCAUCAGGUCUGUAGAUAUGCAAAGUUGAAGAUGAUGCUGAAAUGUUUGCCUAUAUUUCAGUGACUCCAGGAGACAUUUUCAUUGCUUCCCUCUGGGGUCAGUGUAGAGAUGUUGUACAAAGUUUGAUCCUCAUUAUAGAUUCUAUUGUGGAAAUAGUGGCCUUUGGCCUACUGGUAUACUAAAUCCCACCCCUGUGACCUUCAGGUGGCCUGGCUGCAUCUUCCAUCCGUCUGUUAAGACUAGAUGUGCGUGCCAUUUCCCUGGAAGCCGCUGUGCUCUGUAGCUCUGCUUCAGCACCCAGCUUCCCUCCCUCCCUCCCUCCCUCCCUCCCUCCCUCCUCCCUCCCUCCCUCCCUCCCUCCUUCAGAUUUAAAAAUGAAAAUAUAUAAAAUUUAUAUAGAAGAACUAUUUCCAUUCAUCAGAGUUGUUUAAAAGGAGACUGAAUUAAUAUUUUAUAUAAAGAUUUUGUUACACCGUGGGAGGUUCUACCCUAUUCUGAAUUGGAGAGUAUAUAUAUAUAUAUUUUUAAUAAAUUUUAUUAAGGUGAAAUAAUGUCAAGUUUACACAUGAAUAAUUGAAGUAUUUGAGUACAAAAGGCAAAAGUUUAAAUUUUGGAUGCUGUGCAUGUAUAUAUGUAUAAGAGUUUGGAGAAUCAUGGUGUGUUGCAGCUGUACGAGGCAACUAAUGUGAAGGAUUCAGGGGAAUAAAACAUUCUGAGGGGUGAAAAAUCUCUCAUGGAGCUUCUUCACAUAUGGUUUAACAGGGACUUAUAAGGUCACUUGUCCAACUAACAGAAUUUCGAGUAGAAAACUGUGACCUUAGGGAAGGGUUUGCUUCUCCCGCCAUCCGCUUGUACGUGAUGCACACACCUGCCGUCACUCUGCCCACCCAGCAGUCGUCACGAGAGCAACCUGGUCUGUGCCAGCUUCACUUUUUCUCACCCCCAACCUUCAGAUAAAUGAUUAUCAGAGCAAAUGUUGCCUCCUUUAUUCAGUUUGUCCCAGAGCCAUAAAUACCUCCAAUUAGGACCUAAAAGAAAGGAAUGCCGGGUUUCCUUAGUUGGAUACUUUUGCUUUGUGGAAAUAAAAAAGACAGAAGUGGAAGAAAAACUAAGUUCCGGUAUUCUGAUGAAAAUUAAUGUACAAUUAACUUUUAAGUGUUGCUUUUAGAAAAGCAAGAUUUAAAAAAAGUUGAGUUGAAAGUUUCACAUGCCCUAGCUAGCUAAAGGAUAAGUGAGCUAGUAAUCCCCAGGAAAGGCUGGUGUUUCUGGCCAGCCUUUGAGAGGCCGUGGACCCUAGAGGAGGCUUUGCAUCAGCUCCUGUGUAGAUCUACAGUGCUCAUGUCCAUGCUGCUGCCGUCAGUCUGUUAGGUUGCCAGGGUGACGUGGAGAGACCCAGACACUAAUUAGCCUUGCAGAGACGCUUUGAGCAGCAUGCUGAAACCCCAAGUAGAACAAGUCGCUUCUGAGCUCCUCAGGCCCUUUGACUGCUACUGAUUCUCCUGUCCUGCCUGGAGGUGGCUUCAGCUCCCCUGGCUGUGGAGGUGCCACAGCCACCGUUAAAGCACUUUGACAGCGCUGUGUGACAGUGCUGAGGGGUGUGCCCUGGGGCCUCGCCUUGUCCCCUCCCCUGUGGUGACUUUUGUUUGGAACUGUAAUAAGUUAUAAACUGCAUGAUUUAGAGAGUCAUCCUGGAUCAGCUGUCCCCCCUGAACAAAAGAAAUCAUACCCUCUUGAUUGAUUUUUUUAUUUUGUUGCAUCUUUGUAGUAAUGUAAUUGUAUUUUUAUGCCUGCUUUUUGUUUAAGAAAAAUAAAUAAAAGAACCUAAGAUGUCAGCAUCUUUUCCUGA